ACAGCACAACUACUAUGCUUUUAUAUACUCCUCUCCUCUCUAUUGGGUUGUUGUUCGUUACAUUACAUUUGCCAUUUGAUUCAUAUACCAAUUGGCUUUUGUUCUACCAAUCUUUUCUUUAGCUUUUGUGCUUGUUUUGAAACCAACACAUUUCAUAUUUUUACUCAUCCAAUGCUUUUCUUGUUCAUUUGUUGGUUUUCUUUUAUUUUCUUGUUCAAGUCAUUCCCUUUCAAACCGCCACCAUCAUCCCCACCACCAAUGAAGGGUGAGUUUAAAUUGUUGUUUUCACCUUUGUUUUGGGAGGAGAUUUCAAGUUUUCUUGUGUCUUGCUUUCUCAAAGACACACAUGCUAUCGGUUUCUACCAAGUCCCCUACAAAAUGCCACUCAAGAAGAUGAAUCUUGGUUCUAAAGAACCAGGAAACUUGGAGGAAGAGAAGAUUUCCCUUCUUGAUUUGCCUGAAUUGACCUUAGACUGCAUUCUUGAGAAGCUUUCACCAUCUGGGCUGUGUAGUGUGGCAGCAGUUUGUAGCUCUUUGAGAGAUAAGUGCACAAGUGAUCAUUUGUGGGAGAAACAUUUGAAGCAGAAAUGGGGUAGAGUAAUUGGUGAUGCUGCUUUUAAAGAAUGGCAAUGGCAUAUUGCUUCAAGAAAUAGGUUACCCCUUGUUAAUCAAAGCAAUCAGAAGAGGUUAUUAGGUUCUCUGGGUAGCAUUUGGCCACUUUCUUGGAUCAAACCAAAGUUUCAAUCUAGAAGCAAGCCACCGAUAGCUUCUUUACCAGUUGAUUCAAUCAUGGCUAUGUAUCUAUCUCUUGAAAAAGGCAAAUUCUGGUUCCCUGCUCAGGUCUAUAAUCGCGAGAAUGGACAUGUUGGGUUCUUGCUGUCCUGUUAUGAUGCAUUAGUUAGUUAUGAUUCCCGGACAGACACAUUUCAGGCAAGGUACUCUCCUUACGGUCGAAGAAUGAUAGAGGAUGGCAUACACUGGGAUAGGCUAAGAGCAUCACCUGUUGAUACUCCUGCACAUGAUCUUCAUAUUUCUGACUGUUUACAUGACUUGAAACCUGGGGAUCAUAUUGAAAUUCAAUGGAGAAGAAGCAAUGGAUUUCCUUAUGGGUGGUGGUAUGCUAUUGUUGGACAUAUAGAAUCAUGUGAUGGGAAUGAGAGUCGCUGCCAUUGUCAAAAUAGUGAUAAGGUAGUCUUGGAGUUCAAUCAAUACUCCCCUGGCUCAAGGUGGAGACAAACCAUAAUAAAUAGGAAGGAUCACAGAGAAGAAGGAGAUGAAGCAGAUGGAUUUUAUGGAGGAAUCAGAAAACUUUACAAUGCAGAUGAAAUCUCAACAUGGAAGAAUCUUUGGCCAAGUCAGGUCUUUGAAUAGCAAUACAAUUUCUUUUCUUUUUUUUCAAAAGGAAAAAAUCAGUCUUACUUAUACCUGUCCUGUAAAUAGCCCCCUCCUUUUGUACUCCCUCAAUCUAAUCUUGUAGUACUUACAGAAAAAUGGCUUCUACGCUGAUGAUAGUAAGCUGUACAAGUUUUUGUUAAGCUUUCAGAGGCUUUACACAUAGUGUAAUUUUUUUGGAGUUAGUCAAGAAACAUCACAGGUAGAAUUUAAGUAGAAAUGCAUAUCAAUAGUAUAAAAUGCUCGUGGAAAGAUACCAAUUGUGAUUUCAGAACAAACAUCAAAGCGUAUGAGUUUCCAUGUAUGUAGGGCAUAGUUUACUGGUUUUCAUUUAGUGUGAAGAAGCAUGCUUUCUCCCAA